AUGGCGGUGCACGCCUACAGGCUGCAGGCGGAGCUGGCCAGGUGGAACCCGAUCGAGUACGGGGGAGAGGACCUGGCGCUGAUGAGCACGAAGAAGGCGCGGGAGCUGGCUGGGCCGAAGCUGCAGUCGUGCAGGGAGCAGGGUGACCGGCGGGGCGCGGCCAUGAUGCUGCUCUGCCUGGCCGAGGUGGACGUGGACGCGGCCAAAUGCCCGUCGGCCAUCCCCGAGGCCGCCCUGCAGGGUGCCACGGAGGCGUGCGCGCUGCUCCGAGAGGUGCAGGACCGCAGGAUGGAGGCGGCGGCGCUGCUGACGCUGUCCCGCAUCCAGGGCCGCAAGAACCGGCCCGCCGAUGCCAGGCGCUCGGCGGAGGACGCGCUCUCGCUGUACCGGGCGCGGGACUCCAGGGCUGCCGCCCUCGAGCUGAUCGCCAUCGCCUCCUUCAGCCUCGACCUCGAGAGGCCCAGCGACGCCAUGCCCGCGGCGCAGGAGGCCGCGGACGCCUGCCGUGCCCUGGGCCAGGCGUUCGGGGUCUGCGCGGUCGCGGAGCAGAUCCUGGUGGAGGCGCACGUCAUGAGGGACGCGGCGGACAAGGCGGUGGAGCUGGCGUCGGCGGGGGUGCAGAGGUGCCAGGAGGCGGGGGACAAGCGGGAGGAGGUCUGCGCGCUGGUGACGCUGGCGCACGCGCGCACGUGCGCGGGGGACGCCGGCCAGGCGACCGCGGCGUACGACGAGGCGCUGGCGCUCUGCCAGGAGCUCGAGGACGGGAGCUGGGCGGCGCUGGUGCGGCUGACGCUGGCCCAGGCGCUGCUGGCGGCCGGCGACGCGGCGGGCGCGGAGCAGACCUUGCAGGAGGCCGAGGCGUGGUUCGCCCAGGACGGCGACAGCCUCCACGAGGCCGUGGCGGUGACCCUGAUGUCCAGCCUGCUGCUGGAGAGGGGCGACUACGACAGGGCCAGGCAGGCGGCGGAGCGCGGGCAGGAGCUCUUCCGCGAGGAGCACGACACGGCGCAGGAGCUGGUGGCGCAGCUCCAGGCCGCCGCCUGCAGCUUCCUGAAGGGAGACAUGGCGGGCGCGCUGGCGGAGAUCGAGGACGUCGUGGAGGCCAGCAGGGAGGUGGGUUUCGGGAGGGGCGAGAUCGCCGCCCUGAGCCUCGCGAUCGACGUCCACAGGGCCUCUGGCGACGCCGACAGGGCGCUGCAAGCCGCGAGGGACAUGCGCAAGGCCGCCCAGGAGGCCGGCAGCCGCAAGCUGGAGACCAACGCGCUCUACCACAUCGCGCGCCUCCACAUUGACAGGGGCCAGGGCGAGGCCAAGCUGGCCGCCAAGGCCGCGGACGCCGCGGGGAAGGGCGCGCAGAAGCUCGGCCACAGGACGGACCAGGUGUACAUGCUUAUCCUGGCCGCGGAGGCGCGGCUGGAGGUGAUCAAGGAGCUGAGCGACGGUGCGGGCGGCGAGCGCGCGCUGAAGGACAGCGCGAGCAAGUGCGUGCAGAACAUCGCGGACGCCGUCGCGCUCGCGCAGCGCACCGGCCGCUCGGACCUGCAGGCCCUGGCCUCGUACUUCGAGGGCGUCGUGCUCCUGGCGCUCCGCGACAACGACGGCGCCGUCGCGGCCUCGCAGAGGGCGCGUGUCCUGUUCAAGGAGUCCAGCGAUCUGUCUGGAGAGGCCUCCUCCCUUCUGAUCUUGGCCCAGGCGCGCAACGAGCUCAAGGAGGGUCGCGAGGCGGCGGAGGCCGCCGCCAAGGAAGCACGGGACAUCUUCAAGCAGUGCCAGGACAAGGCGGGCGAGGCCAGGGCGGAGAAGCUCUUGGAUACCUUGGCCCCACAGAUGCCUGCCUUGCCCGGAGGCAUGAUGAUGCCGCC